AUGUCACGGUCGGUAUCUAUAUCUGGAGUUUCAAAUCCAAAUAAUAAAUCAAAUUUAAAUUCAUAUAAUAAUCUUAGAAGCGCACUGAUUGGUGGAUCAACAUUUUUCAAUAAUUCGAUUAAUAAUGAUACAACAAUUGGAUCAGAUCAAGAUAAAGAUCUAAAAUCUAUGAAUAAUCAAGAUUUAUAUGAUGAUUCAGAAACAAACACAGUAGAAAAAGAAAUUGAUAUAGUUGGAGCUAUAAGCACUUUACAUUUAGAUGAAGAUGAAGAUGAUGAUACUCAAACUAAGGAUUCAACAAUAAAUUCGGAUAAAUUGGAAUCAACAAAAACCUCAAGUAAUAAUACAUCUUCAAUUAUUGGGAAUGCAAAUCAUCAAUUACCAAAACAACCUCUACAUCAAGCGCCUUAUUUUUUCAAUCACCCUUAUGCAAACCAUGCAUCAUUUACUCCCCAACCUUCAAACAAUUUCAUUAAUAAUGGUAGUGGUGAUGUUUCAACAAAUUGGAUGAAUCAGAAUAAUUUACCAAACGGAGUUAAUAGAAACGGCUUUGUUCCAAAUUCUGAAAACCCAAUUAAAACAAAUACAGGUGAAGAAAUAAAGUUACCAUAUGUAAAACCAUUUGAUUUACCCAACUCAAAAGAUAGUACUCAAUUAAAAUCACAAUCUAAUUCAAAAGCCAGAGAUGAUAAAGAAUCAACGAAUGAUGCUAACAUCAAAGAACAUCAAGUGAAUUUCCAAACUCAACAACAACAACUACAUCCUCAUCAAUUUAAUCCAUUUCCACCAAGUCCUAUUGGACAUCAUCCAGGGGCUCCACCACCACCAAUGAUGCCGUUCAAUUAUGGUCCAUUACCACCACAUCACCCUUUAAAUCAUCAAAGUCCAACAGAUUAUCAAAAUUUUGAUUUGAAUAUAGGACAAUUGCCACCACCACCACAACCAGGAGCUCAACAACCACAUUUGACUAAUGGUGGAUCAGUAUGGAAUAACAAUAAUAACAAUAAUAAUAACUCAUCAGAACAAUUGAAAAACCAACCAGGUAUUCAAAAUCCAAAUUAUAGAUAUAACAAUACUAAUAACAAUAUAAAUGGAUAUAAAAACAUCUCACAAUAUCAACAUUUACAACAACACCCACAAAACAAUUUCAUGAAUAAUAAUUCAUAUUAUACAAAUGGUCAUAAUAAUAGAAGAAAUAAUAGAAAUGGUAAUUUUAAUAAUCAUCAUAAUCAUUAUAAUAAUUAUCAAAAUAAUCGUAAUCACAACCAUUAUCAAAGAAAAGGAGAAGAUGCAAGUAAAUAUUUUAAUCAUAAAGCUAUAGAUUUUAAAGGUUCAAUAUUAAAUUUAUGUAUUGAUCAACAUGGAUGUAGAUUUUUACAAAAGGAAUUAGAAGAAGAUGGUGAAAAUCAAGAAGCAGAACCAAAAGAAGAAAAUGAAGAAUUAUCAAUAAAUCAAACUGCUAACUUAAUUUUUGAAGAAAUUCAAUUAAAAUUAGUUGAUUUAAUGAUUGAUCCAUUUGGUAAUUAUUUAAUUCAAAAAUUAAUAAAAUAUUUAUCUUCAAAUCAAUUAUUAAAAUUAAUAGAAUUAACAUCAAAUGAUUUUUAUUUAAUUUCAAUAAAUUCUCAUGGUACAAGAACUUUACAAAAAUUAAUUGAAAAUUGUAAUACUAAAAAUCAAAUUGAAUUAAUUAUCCAAUCAUUAAAAUCAUAUGUUAUUGAAUUAAGUAAUGAUUUAAAUGGUAAUCAUGUUAUACAAAAAUGUUUAACAAAUUUUAAUAAUGAACAAAAUCAAUUCAUUUAUGAUUUAAUUUUAAAAAAUUUAGUUGUAAUUAGUUGUCAUCGUCAUGGAUGUUGUGUAUUACAAAAAGCAUUAGAUUUUGGUAAUACCAAACAAAAUAAUGAAAUUUUUAAAGAAAUAUCCAAAAAUGUUGAAAUAUUAAUUUAUGAUCCUUAUGGUAAUUACGUUAUUCAAUAUAUUUUAAAUAAUACAUCAAAAGAAAAUGAAACAAAUUUAAACAAAAUAAUAGAAUAUAUAAAAAUUAAUAUAAUUAAAAUAUCAACUCAUAAAUUUUCUUCAAAUGUUAUUGAAAAAUUAUUAAAACAACAACAACAACAAGCCCCAGAGCAACAAACAAAACAAAUUGAAAUACAACAAAAAAAUCAAGAAAUUUUAAUAAAUGAAAUUUUAAAAUUGUCAUCAAAUGAUUUAAAUUUAAUUUUAAAAGAUUCUUAUGGUAAUUAUGUUUUACAAACUUGUUUAAAUUUUGCAAAUUUAAAACAAUUAACAAAAUUAAGUAAUUUAUUAUUACCUUUAUUACCACAGAUUAAAAAUACUCCUUAUGGUAGAAGAAUUUUAAAUAAAUUACAAUAA